UCGAAGGAUAGAAAUUCGCCGUCAGGCAUGGUGUGUGAGAAGGGGAUCCAGAUCCUUCUCACCACCGUGGGGGCAUUCGCUGCCUUCGGCCUGAUGACGGUGGCAAUAGGGACGGACUACUGGCUGUACUCCCGUGCCCUCAUCUGCAACAGCACAGCCAACAUCACCCAGGAUGACCCCCACAACAAGGACAAGAAGGAUCCUGGGGCGCUCACCCACUCUGGACUGUGGAGGAUAUGCUGUCUGGAAGGAGUGAAGAGAGGAGUCUGUUCUCAGAUCAACCACUUCCCAGAGGAUGCAGACUUUGACCAUGACGGGGCAGAGUACGUUCUACGGGUAGUCAGGGCUUCCAACAUCUUCCCGAUCCUCAGUGCCAUCCUGCUGCUGAUGGGAGGGGUGUGCAUUGCUGCUAGUCGUUUCUAUAAGAGCAAAAGGAACAUCAUCCUGGGGGCAGGAAUCCUCUUUGUGGCUGCAGGUCUGAGUAACAUAAUCGGUGUGAUUGUGUACAUCUCAGCUGCAUUGGGGGACAUCUCUCCUAAGAAAGACGAAGAUAAGAAAUGGCAGUACUCCUAUGGUUGGUCCUUUUACUUCGGAGGCCUGUCCUUCAUUAUGGCUGAGAUGGUUGGGGUGCUGGCCGUCAACAUCUACAUUGAGAAGAACAAGGAGCUGCGCUGCCGCUCGCGCACCGACAUUUUCAAGAGCACCACACACGCCAUGCUCCGCCUGCCCAGCUACCGCUUCCGCCGCAGAUCCCGCUCCUCAUCCCGUUCCACCGACCCCUCCCGCUCCCGAGACCCCUCACCUGUAGGGGGAGGUGGGGGAAAGAACUUCGGCCUGCCCCCAUCUGCACUGCUUUCCCAGGGCCCCAUCUCAGUGUCCACUUUACCUAACCCCCACUCUCGCUCCCACACAGCCCUGGCUGGAGGCGACAUUUCCCUCUACACCUUGUCCCGCGACCCCAAAAUGGGGGGUUUGCCGCCCAUGUAUGGAACAGUGGACAGGGCCACGCUGUACCAGCUCCACAACUGCUUCCCAAAGGAUGGGGGUGGAGUCAUGAUGAGUGGUACGCUCCCCUCGCUUAAGUCCCACAAUCCUUCAAAUUCUUCCAACUCUAAUGCACCGAUGCCCAACUCUGUGGGCUCCGGUCCUCCCCCCUUCACCUCAUCCACAGUAGACAGGGAAAGAGGGAUGGGGACCCUGGACAGGCUGAAGGGAGACAGGGAGAGCAACUCGAACACCCUCAAUAGGAAGACAACGCCUGUGUAG